UCAGGUGACCCACCAGGUGCGCACAGCCCGCUCACACCACGGGCCUCCCACUGCACCCCCGCCGACCCAUGCAAGCCAGGCGCCCCCCACUAACGCAUAAAUGCGUGAUGUCAUCCAAUCACCUGUCUCUUCAGUCCUUACGGGCGGCCAGCCAAGCCAAGGAGCUGCUCUACCCCCCCAGAGAGGUGGUGGAGGAGGGGUAGGAACGUGUGCUGGUGAUGGAGGUGCUGGUGGUCCUGGUGGAGGUACAGGGGGAGAUAUACACAUGCUGCUGCCUGCCUUGUUACUCCCCCCAUGCCAGGCGGACAAGCGAGCUGAGAUCAGGAGAAAGUCGCUCAUUAUACUGGUACAUCACUACCUAGACCAAGAAGGGUAUGGGGACGCAGCCAAGACACUGGUUCAGGAGGCGAGGCUCAACACCGAUCAGUUCACCGUCUGUGACAGCGUCGACCUCUCCAACAUCCUGCAGGAGUAUGAGUCCUGGUUUGUGGUCAAGUACCAGAGAUACCCAAAGCUGGCCAAGCGGAUGUUGGUACCAAGACCCACACCCAAGCCUCACCGAUGCGGCCACACGGAUGACGAUACCAACAAUGGCAAACAAGAGACGCUGACGGGAAAGAAGAGCCCCUUCUUCAGAAGGAGGUCACUGCCACGGCACGGAGGGUCAGGGGGCAGUAUGGGUCGUGCUGCCAGUGACCCCAGUCUGAGUGACGACGUCUGCAGCACCACUGAGGGCGGUAGAGGUCAUGGCCGUUCCCGUAACUCCGUCAGGAACAAGAUAAUCGACAACAAGAAGAGGGAGGAACUCGGCAGGGGACCGCUCGUGGGUCGGCGGGUGUCCGGGGGAGGCGCCCUGAGGAGUCCAGGAGACGAGAAGAAGGACCCUUCCAAGUCCUCCUCAGACACAGACAGUGAGAGAGGAGGAGCAGCCGCCACCCUAGGACCUGUCAAGACCAACAGGAUGCCACGACAAGUGUUGGACCUGAAGCAGAUGAUCAGCGACUACACACGUCUUGAGGACAACGUUGGUGACGUGGGAAAAGGUCCACCGCGCACCCCAGGCAAUCCAGACCAGCCCCCAGGUGAGGAGGACGAGGACACUGGGUUGUGGGACGAGAAGAGCGUCAAGCCUCUUCUGAUGCCUCACUUUACCGGCGAGUUUAGGGACCUGGCCAACAUUAUACAGCGGGAAAUCCUGGUGGAGAACCCGGAGGUGAGGUGGACUGACAUCCUUGGGCUGGAGGACGCCAAAAGGCUGGUGAAGGAGGCGGUGGUCUACCCCCUCAAGUACCCGCAACUCUUUGUCGGGAGGUUCAAACCCUGGCGGGGCAUCCUCCUCUAUGGCCCUCCAGGCACAGGCAAGACUCUGCUGGCAAAGGCAGUAGCGACGGAGUGCAAUACGACCUUCUUCAACAUCUCGGCCACGAGUUUGGUGUCUAAAUGGAGAGGCGACUCUGAGAAGCUUGUUAGGGUACUGUUCGAGAUGGCGAGGUUCCACGCCCCCUCAACCAUCUUCGUGGAUGAGGUGGACGCCUUGAUGGCCUCCCGCCAGGGGGAGCAGGAACACGAGGCCUCCCGCAGGAUGAAGACCCAACUGCUGGUGGAACUGGACGGCCUCACCCAAGCCAACCAUCACGUCUUCCUGCUGGCUGCCUCUAACAUACCCUGGCAGCUGGACCCGGCGAUGCUCCGGAGGUUGGAAAAGAGGAUCUUGGUGCCUCUCCCAGGCAUGGAGGCGCGCGAGGCCAUGUUUAGACACCACUUGCCGGAGGUCAUUUCCGACUUGGAAGAGGCCGGCCACGCCAUCACCACCCACCUCGACUAUGAGAAGUUAGCACAGAUGUCGGAGGGUUACAGCGGCUCAGAUCUGCAGGUGGUGUGUCGGGAGGCGGCCAUGGGCUGCCUCAGGAAGGUCUUCAAUGUCCUCGAAGACCAUUCAGUGGAAGACUCAGAGCUACCGGACCUGAAGUUAGAUUCUAUUAAGAUGUGUGAUGUGGAGUCAGCUCUACAGAAGACCAAACCUGCCCAGGGUAACAAUGAACAGUACACUGAGUGGCACUCCAAAUACGGUUCUGCUUGAGGAGCUAUUGGUGCUGUAGUGUUUAGAGGUGUAGCAGUUACCGAGAGACUGAGUGUGUCGAGCUGUGACUGGUCAAACGGCCUCUGGUCCUAAUGGGCGUUAAUAUAGGAUAGAGUCUAAUAGGUCAGGGCCCAUUACAGUAGGUUAGGUUAAAUUAGAUUAGGUUACGUUACUAUGCCAAACGAACGCUCGCCAGCCUUCCCUCCACCUCGUCAUGAAGCAUUACUGAAAACAGCGCCUGACGAACGUUCGACUCCUUCCAUCCAUUUCAUCAUCAAAUGUUCAGGGUCGUUGCGCCAGACUUAUGUUCGCCAGACUUCCCUCCCUUCUGUCCUUACAUGGUUAUGGACACAACCACAAAAAAGUCACUCCGCUACACUGCGCCAGGUGAACGUACGCCAAUAUUCCCUCCACUCCUACACACCAUGCAGGCUGAAGCUACGCCUGACGAACGUACACCAGCCUUCCCUCCAUUUCUAUACACCAUGCAGGCUGAACCUACGCCAGACGAACGUUCGCUCAACUGCCUGUCACGGUUCUCUUUUAUGGCACAAACAAGAACCACCAGAGAGAAAGAGAGCUGAGGUGUGUGCGUGUGUGUGUGUGUCGUAGGUUAUACAAGAGUAAGUUAAGCAAGAUGUUUCCUUACA